AUGGAGUCGUCACGGGGCCCUCCCAGGGUCAAAAACAAGGCCGCUGCGCCGGUCCAGAUCUCAGCGGAGCAGCUGCUCCGCGAGGCUGUCGACCGGCAGGAGCCUACGCUGCAGGCGCCGACGCAGCGGUUUGCGGACCUCGAAGAACUGCACGAGUACCAGGGUCGCAAGAGAAAGGACUUCGAGGACUAUGUGCGCCGGAACCGAAUCAAUAUGAACAACUGGAUGCGCUAUGCCGCAUGGGAGCUGGAACAGAAGGAAUUCCGUCGUGCGCGAUCGAUCUUCGAGCGGGCGCUGGACGUCAGCCCGACGUCGGUGAUCUUGUGGAUUCGCUACAUCGAGGCGGAGAUGCGGACCCGGAAUAUCAACCACGCGCGGAACCUGCUGGAUCGCGCCGUGACGAUCCUGCCCCGCGUCGAUAAGCUCUGGUACAAGUAUGUCUACAUGGAGGAGACGCUGGGCAAUAUCCCGGGUACGCGCCAGGUGUUCGAGCGGUGGAUGUCGUGGGAGCCGGAUGAGGGCGCCUGGAGCGCGUAUAUCAAGCUCGAGAAGCGAUACAACGAGUUCGAGCGGGCACGCAACAUCUUCCAGCGGUUUACCAUCGUGCAUCCCGAGCCGAGGAACUGGAUCAAGUGGGCUCGCUUUGAAGAGGAGUACGGGACGAGUGACCUGGUGAGAGAGGUGUACGGAAUGGCAAUCGAGACGCUCGGGGAGGAUUUCAUGGACGAAAAGCUGUUCAUCGCGUACGCCAAGUUCGAGGCUAAGCUCAAGGAAUACGAGCGGUCGCGAGCCAUCUACAAAUAUGCUCUGGACCGGCUACCACGGUCCAAGUCGAUCACGUUGCACAAGGCGUACACGACGUUUGAAAAGCAGUAUGGCGAUCAGACGGGGGUGGAGGAUGUGAUCUUUUCCAAGCGCCGAGUUCAGUACGAGGAACAACUCAAGGAGAACCCGCGCAACUACGACAUCUGGUUCGACUUUGCCCGCUUAGAGGAAAAUGCCGGCGACCCUGAGCGGGUCCGCGACACCUAUGAACGCGCGAUUGCACAGAUCCCCCCGUCGCAGGAGAAGCGUCACUGGCGGCGGUAUAUCUACCUCUGGUUCUUCUACGCCAUCUGGGAGGAGACGGAGGCGAAGGAUAUCGAGCGUGCUCGCCAGGUCUACAACGAAUGCUUGAAGCUGGUGCCUCACAAAAAGUUCACAUUUGCCAAGCUCUGGCUCAUGAAGGCGCAGUUUGAGGUCCGACAAAUGGAUCUCCCCACUGCUCGUAGAACGAUGGGGCAGGCGAUCGGUAUGUGCCCCAAGGACAAGCUGUUCCGGGGCUAUAUCGAUCUGGAGCGCCAGCUGUUCGAGUUCGUGCGAUGCCGGACGCUGUUUGAGAAACAGAUCGAGUGGAACUCGUCCAACAGUCAGUCCUGGAUCCAGUUCGCCGAGCUGGAGCGAGGUCUGGAUGAUGCCGAUCGUGCGCGCGCGAUUUACGAGUUGGGUAUCGCCCAGCCGACUCUGGAUAUGCCCGAACUCGUGUGGAAGUCAUACAUUGACUUUGAGGAAUACGAGGGCGAAUACGAACGGGUGCGACAGCUUUACGAACGUCUUCUGGAGAAGACCGACCACGUCAAGGUCUGGAUCAACUACGCGCGGUUCGAGAUCAACCUCCCGGAAGACGAGGAGGAAGAGGAAGAAGACGAGGAACGGCCGAUCAGCGACGAGGCCAAGCGACGUGCUCGGGGGAUCUUCGAGCGGGCACACAAGGUGUUCAAGGAUAAGGAGCUCAAGGAAGAGCGCGUGGAACUCCUCAAUGCCUGGCGAUCGUUCGAACAUACGCAUGGCUCGGCCGAGGACAUCGAGAAGAUCGAGAAACAGAUGCCUCGACGGGCCAAGAAGCGCCGCAAGAUGGACGACGACCGUUAUGAGGAAUACAUGGACUACGUGUUCCCGGCGGACGACCAGUCGUCGGCGAAUCUGUCGAAGCUGUUACAGAGAGCACGCGAAUGGAAGCAGCAACAGGGAGAGGCAUGA